AUAGGCGUGGUUUAGGCCGAAGGCAAUGUAGGGGCAGCGUCUGUUUGGUCCUCACUGUCACCGCCAGUGCCUCUUCCGGGAUUCAUUCAUUUGUGUUUUUCAUUCACGUCGGUGUACCCCCGGUUGAAAGCCAUGGAAAGCGCUCUACCUGCUGCCGGCUUCCUGUACUGGGUGGGCGCGGGCACCGUGGCCUACCUGGCCCUGCGCAUCUCGUGCUCGCUCUUGACGGCCCUUCGGGUCUGGGGUUUGGGUCACGAGGCAGGGGUCGGACCGGGGCUCGGUGAAUGGGCAGUUGUCACAGGUAGUACUGAUGGAAUUGGAAAAUCAUAUGCAGAACAGUUAGCAAAGCGUGGACUGAAGGUUGUCCUUAUCAGCAGAUCACAGGAUAAACUGAACCAGGUUUCCAGUGAAAUAAGAGAAAAAUUCAAAGUGGAAACAAAGACCAUUGCUGUUGACUUCGCAUCAGAAGAUAUUUAUGACAAAAUUAAAACAAGCUUGGCAGGUCUUAAAAUUGGUGUUUUAGUAAACAACGUUGGAAUGUCAUAUGAAUAUCCGGAAUACUUCUUGGAUGUUCCUGACUUGGACAAUAUCAUCAAGAAACUGAUAAAUGUUAAUGUUCUUUCUGUUUGUAAGAUGACACAGUUGGUGCUGCCUGGCAUGGUAGAAAGGUCAAAAGGGGCGAUUCUGAACAUCUCCUCUGCCAGUGGCAUGUAUCCAGUCCCACUGAUGACCAUGUACUCGGCAACCAAGGCUUUUGUAGAUUUCUUCUCUCAGUGCCUCCAUGAAGAAUAUAAGAGCAAGGGCAUCUUUGUGCAGAGUGUCCUGCCAUACUUCGUAGCCACAAAACUGGCUAAAAUCCGAAAGCCAACUUUGGAUAAACCCUCGUCAGAGACGUUUGUGAAAUCUGCAAUUAAAACAGUGGGCGUGCAAUCCCGCACCAAUGGAUACCUGGUCCAUUCUCUUAUGGGUGCAGUAUCCUCAAUCCUGCCUUCUUGGAUAUAUCUUAAAGUGAGCAUGAUUGUAGGCAAGUCCAUGCGAGCUCGCUACCUGAAGAAAACCAAGAAGAACUAACCAUUGAUCACUGCAUAGAGUAACUUGGCCAGAUGCUUCAGCCUGUGCGUGUUUAUUGCAAGGCACCCACCCAUUCAAAAACCCUCAGUUGCCGUUUUAAUGUUACUAAUAAGGUGAAAUGGUGUCAUAAUUGGGAGGAAAGCAGAAGUGCUUUCAGAAGUUCCUGAUAUAAAUUCUAGAUAUUCCCAGGAGUUAUUUUGAAGUUUAACACAAAUGGUCAUAUUAAGUGGAUAGAGAACUAAUAUUAGUGGGGACAGUGUAAUGGAAGGAAAACCAUUAUAGCAAAUCGUGGUAGAGUUCUACAUAACACUCAACAGUUUUCAUCUGGCCCAAAAUGCCAAUGAUGAUUAUUUUGUAUUUAAUCUGAAGCAUACUUUAAAAAGUAAUGGCCAGCUAGUCUUCUUUGUUUUUAACACUUCAAGGGAGUAGAGAUGAAUUGAUUCACUUAUGGGAGGACACACUGCAAUCUGCAAUUUGCAUAGCUCUCUGUCAGUUUUUCUAAAUCAUAUUCCAGUUUGUGCAUUUAUAUACUCAAAGGUAGCUAAUGAUGUAAAAAUAAUAUAUGGAAAUUUAGGUUUUUUUGACACAUGAAGCCCACUAAAAUAUGCUUUCCUCUAAUACAUAUUCUCAAUUUAAAUGUAUAUAAAUACUGAAAGUUUAAAUGUGUGAUUUAUAAAGAUAAAUGGGCAAAAUAUGCAUUGAGAUGGGCAGCCACCUGUGGUACCACUAAAACACUGACCCAAGAAAGUGGCCUGCUUGUACCUCAGCCACCUUUGUUUGUGCACUGCAUGAAUACUGCUCACAUCUGUGACAACAGGCUGCCCCUAGAGCAGUAAUGGUAUCAGCGAAGUAGUAGUAUACUUUGAAGACAGUGCCCUGUGGAUAACAAUACAAUUAGUUUUAAUAAGAAGAAAGGUAUAAAAGGACAAAAUAUGAUAUAAAAGAUGAUAUAUACAUGGUGAUGGUUGAAAACAUAUUUCUUUGGUGGUUGAAGACACUUCUUUGGUGCUUGCAAUUAAGGCCAUUUUUAUACUGGCUUAAUGUAAAUUAAGACUUGCUUUUAUCCUGCUAUAUAUUGUUUAGGGAACUCACCAAGAAAUAAUUCAAUGUGUAAAACAUGUAACGCAGAAAGUAGGUCUUUACCUAGGCUGUGGUUCCUAGGCUCUAGGUUUAAGCACCAGUAAAUUUGCAAAAAAAAAAAAAAAGAAUUUUUCAUUGGAAUGUUGAAGUGUUUCUAGCUUCUAAUUUUGCAGUUAAGGAUAUAAAACAAAAACAGGAAAACCCAAAUUACCAUCUGCUAUUAACAUUCUUAUAUGAAAGACUUUUUAGCACUAAAAAGUAGGAAGAACAUAAUCUUAGAAUAAUGAAUAAUUAUUUAAGUUGAAUAAAUUCAAUUUUAAUGAAAAACA